GUCUGGUUACCAAGCCAGUGUCUUCUUGGCCAGUGUUUUCUGGCCAAGUACCACAAUAGCUUGUGGUACUUGGCAGCUGUCUGGUCCUCCCUAGCAGAGAUCAGCUGACUGUGCCACGCCACACACUCCUCUCUGUUGUCAUGUGCAAAUGCAGUCUCACAGGUAUGGAUUCCUUUCGAUUUUAUGGAGUGAGGCGUGCUUUGGAGCGUGUUCUUCAUGCCCAAAAGGAAAAUGAUGAUGACAGUGCUUUUGAUGAUAAUACAGAGGAAUGUCCAGACUAUGGGAGUGAUUACAUGCCGGAUGAUGAAGAGCUGGAACGGGCACCGUUUAUUGAUGAACCUGAUGACCCUCCUGAAUCAAGACCAAGACCUUCACAGCAGAAUCAAGGUCACAAGAUGGCUUCCAGUAAAAUAAAACGUAGUGAGCACCCACUAUGGCGUCAAAUUGAAGGCCAGAACACUAGCUUAGACACAACCUGA